AUGAAAUUUGAAAUAACUUACACAAAAAAUCCUUCUCAUCAGGCUGCUGUUACAGCUGUCACUUGGAUAGAUUCAGAUGAUGCCAUUACAUGUGGUGAUGAUGAACAAGUAUUAUUAUGGGAUACUGGUGCUUUUGAAAGUAAACAAUUAAUGACAUUAAAAGGAAAUUUUCCAACGUCGAUACAAUUAUCCAAUGGAAUAUCAUCAACAUCUAAUAAAAAAUCAAUCAAAGAUGGAAUAAUUAUAUCAACAACUGGUGGAAAAAUUAUUAUUGUUAGAAAUAAUAAAAUUGAAAAAACAAUUAAUGCACAUGAUGGAGCAUGUCUUUCUGUUAGAUGGAGCGAUGAUGGUUCCAGUUUUGUAUCCUGUGGUGAAGAAGGAACAAUUAAAAUGUGGUCAAAAAAUGGUAUGCUUAGAAGUGUCCUUGCUAGAUGUGAUAAUUCAAUUUAUACAAUGGCGUGGUCACCAGAUUCAACAAAAAUUUUUUAUUGCUCAAGUGAAUAUUGUUAUAUAAAAAGUUUAAAAAUACCUUCACAACCAAGUAAAUGGAAGGGACAUGAGGGUAUAAUAACUUGUUGUGAUUGGAGUAUAACAUCUAAUCUUAUUAUAACUGGUGGUGAAGAUUGUAAAUAUAGAGUUUGGGAUGGUUUAGGUAGAAUUAUUUAUACUUCAUUAUCACAUGAUUAUCCAAUAACUUCACUAUCCUGGAAUCCUGAUGGUAAUCUUUUUGUUGUCGGUAGUUAUAAUCUUUUAAGAUUAUGUGAUAAAUUAGGUUGGAGUCAUUCUCUUGAAAAAUUUAUGGUUGGAUCUAUUUUGGCAGUUGAUUGGUCACAAGAUAGUACACAAAUUAUUGCAGGAACUGCCACUGGACAUGUUAUUUAUGGUCAAAUAAUUGGAAAAAGAUUAUCAUGGAAUAAUUUAGAAAUUUUUAUGUUUAAAAAUAAUGGGAUUGAAGUUAAGGAUGUUCUUUCUGAAACAAUGAUUGAAAAAUUAGAAACUAAAGAGAGAAUAGUUUAUAUAUCUGUUGGUUUUGGUUAUCUUGUUACUGUUACAACAAAACAAAUUUAUAUUUAUAAUUCAAAAAAUUGGAAUUCACCAACAAUAAUUGAUCUUAAAGAAGAAAGAGGUAAUUCUGUCAUUCAAUCAUCCAGAUUUUUUCUUUUGAUAGGAUUAUCAAUAUUAGAAAUUUAUGGAUAUGAAGGCCGCCUUCAAACAACAAUAAAAUUACAAAGACAAACACUUCAAAAAAUGAUAUCUGAAAAAAGCAUUGCUUUAUCUGAUGAUGUGGUUGGUGUACGUGACAGUGACAACCAUAAAAUUAUCAAUCUUUACGAUGCAAUAAAUGGAAAAACAAUAGGAGAUGGCAAAAUAAUACAUCAACAAGAUAUCAUAGAAAUAUGUAUUGAUAUGGUUGGUAAUACUUUACAAAGAAAAAUAGCAUUUAUUGAUAGUAAUAAUGAUUUAUAUAUCAACUUAGUUAAUUCUUUUGGUUUAACAGAUCAAAGAUAUAAAAUUGCUUCAAAUGCUAAACAAAUACUUUUUCAUGAUAAAAGUUCUAUGCUUUUAUGUUUACAAGAAAAUACAAAAUUACUAAUAUUCACUUAUCCAAAUAUUGUUUUUGUUGAUGGUGAAUUGUUAAAUGAAAGUACUAUUAUAAUUGAUCUCAAAGGAAUUGGAAAUUCACCAUCAUUAAUUAAUUUUACUGGAGAAAAUAUUUGUGUAUUAAAAUCUAAUGGAGCAUUUAUAACAUAUUCUGUAUCUCCAUCUAUACAAGCAUUAUUUGAUUGUGUAAAUAAUUCAAAAUGGGAUCAAGCAGUAAAAGUAUGUAGAAAUGUUAAAGAACCAUAUCUUUGGUGUAUGUUAGCUGGAAUGGCUGUAGCUGAAAGGAAUGUUUUUAUUGCUGAAAUGGCUUAUUCUGAACUUGAAAAAGCAGAUAGAGUUUUAUUUCUUUCACAAAUAAGAAAAGAAAAAAAUUUAAAUUUAAAAAAUGCAUUAUUUGCAAUGUUUGCUGGAAGGAUAAGUGAAGCUGAAACAAUAUUACUUCAAUCAAAAUAUUAUUUUCGUGCUAUUUUUCUUAACAUACAAAUGUAUCGUUGGGAUAGAGCAUUACAAUUAGCAUUACAAUAUAAUAUGCAUAUUGAUACAGUAUUAGGAUAUAGACAAAGAUAUUUAGAAGAUAUUGGAGUAGAAGAGACCAAUGAAAAAAUAUUACAACAAUAUUCACAGGUAGAAGUUGACUGGGUUCAUAUUAAAAGAUCAAUAAAUAAUGAACUAGCUGUAGAGAAAGAAGCAUAA